AACGCUUUUUAGAUACCAAUAUUUUGCUUGGAGAUGUAAAAAAAACACAAAACGAAUAACUUUAUGAUGUUUCGUUUGACAAACUGUAGUUCGUUUAAAUAAAUAAUAAUUUCAAUAAAUUGUCUAUAAAAUCGGCUAUUACUGAUCAUAGGAAUCAUUGUUGUGAUCGAUUUAAAAAGUUAAAAGUCUUACUUAAUGCUUAAUUAAUCUAAAAUAGUGCGAAAAUAUAAUAAUGAAUACGACGUAUAUUUUUAUAUUAUGUUUAUCAUUAAAAUUUAUUCCAAAAAUAAAGUCUUAUGAUCCGGCAAUAGAAGAUCUAUUUGAGAGGAUACGUGGUGAUGAUGAUUUAAUUACCGAAGAACGAAUGUUUUUUUAUUUUCAGGGCAAAGAUACAAGUGACAUUGAGUUCAUGAUGACAGAAUUUGGAACUCGUUAUAGGAAAGGUUCCAGAUAUUUUUACACGAUGAAUUUAGAGCAGUUAUCGGCAGUUUCAAAUGCAGGCUUCAUACCGAAAUUUUCUUUAAGCCGGAUUGAGGCUCAAUUUGAUGAAAUAAUCCCAGAAGAUGAGGACAGAGACUAUAUUCUUCUUGGCGACUUGAUUGUAUACUAUUGUGGACCAAGAUACCAGAAAACUAUAACUCAAAUAGAAACAAUUAUGAAUAGAUACGCAGAUGAUUAUGAUGAUGAACAGCGAUUAUAUUUCUGGAACUUUAAGCUAGUCCUAAACCUUGAUUUGCUUCCAGCUCCAUCAGAUUCAGUCAAUGGUCAAUAAGAAGAUAUUUUAAGAAAAACGCUAAAAACAAUAAUUAAAAUUAUUAAAUUGUAUUAAAACUAAUAAUAUAUUUACUCAUCAUAAUUAUAAAAAAAUGAAGUGAUAAUAUUAUAACAUGCUGUCUAAUACUUACUUAGACAUUGUUCUUUAAUAGAAUAAAAAUUAAAAUGUACCGUAAUAAAAUUUAUUUUUUUAUAA